AUGUUCGCCCACUUCUGCGUCGCUGCCGUUGUCGGACUCGCUUUCGCCGCUGAUAUUCAACAGGAGACGAAAAACGCCGUCAAUGAAGUCACCACCACCAAGGACGGAGAUCUGUUCUGUCCAGUUCCCAUCGUUGGUACCAGAUGUCCCGAUUCAUCAGUCUUCCAUUACUACAAAUGCUGCGGUGAUCUGAACAAAGACUGCUGCUUCAACUUACAGGUACGUCUCAAUGAAUUUUACCUGCAAAGAUCAGAAUUUUGUUGUAAUAAAGCGUCACAAGCGAGUAAAUAA